CUGUCUGGCGUGGCCUCGCUGCGGGCGCACAAGAGACGAGAGCGAGCUGAUCGAUCGAGAGCCCCGCGGCCAGUGACGACCCGGCCGCACGCGCACCAACUCCCUAGGACGCACGCGAGCGGAGACUGAGCUAGCGCAGUGUGAGGGAGACGACGCACCGCGGGGCGCCGCUGCUCUGGUCCGGAGCCGGUCGGCCGCCGGCAGCUAGCGGCUUGGUAGCCAGCCGGCGACGGCGAGACCGAGCGGCGAUGGGGAGGGCGCCGUGCUGCGAGAAGGUGGGGCUGAAACGGGGGAGGUGGACGGCGGAGGAGGACGAGAUACUCGCCAGCUACAUUGCCAAGCACGGAGAGGGAUCCUGGAGGUCGCUGCCCAAGAAUGCAGGGCUGCUCCGGUGCGGCAAGAGCUGCCGGCUGCGGUGGAUCAACUACCUCCGGGCGGACGUGAAGAGGGGGAACAUCUCCAAGGAGGAAGAGGACGUCAUCAUCAAGCUCCACGCCACCCUUGGGAACAGGUGGUCCCUGAUCGCCAGCCACCUGCCCGGGCGAACAGACAACGAGAUCAAGAACUACUGGAACUCGCACCUCAGCCGGCAGAUCCACACGUACCGCCGGACCUACACCGCCGGCCCGGACGCCGCCAUCGCCAUCGACAUCAGCAAGCUGCACAGCGCUGAGAAGCGCCGCGGGGGCCGGACCCUGGGCCGCUCGCCAAAGAGCGCCGCCACCGGCGGCGGUAACAAGGCUCGGAGCAAGCAGCAGCUGCCAGGCCCCGAUGACAAGCAGCCUGAACCGGCGGGGUCCGCCGAGGCGAAAGGCGCCUCCGGCCCGGUGGCCGCCGCCGCGGCGUCGGCCUCGGCGGCGUCGAGCCCGCGGCACAGCGACGGGGCGCGGAGCGCCGUGGUGGACCCGGACCAGAACCAGCCCGGCAGCAGCGUCGGCGGCGGAGGCACCAACACGCCCGAGGGGCCCUGGAGCGAGGACGCCACCGGGCCGCUGGUGCUGGACCCGGCGAUGGAGUUUGGGGGCACCCUCUGGGAGGCCGAGAGCGAGAUGGAGGCCCUGCUGUCGAGCGGCAGCGAUAUCCACGAUCCGCUUAUGGGGUUCGACGCGGUGGGCGAGGCCCAGGUGGACGACCUCCUCGACAUGGACUGGGACGGCUUUGCGGCCCAUCUCUGGGGCCAGCCUGCCGACCAGCAGCAGAGCGACAACCAGAGCACGCUGCUCCAGCCCGACGAGCCGCAGGCCGCUGCUGCGGGCUGCAACAACCACCAGGAGCACGAGCUGGAGUCGUUCGCGACCUGGCUCCUGUCGGACUCGUUCUGAGAGCUCGUUCCACCAUCAAACUCAUCAGGUCAAGCAGGUGCUCAUCAGUUCAUGUGACCAGGGCAGGCAGGCAGCUAGGUACUGCUCGUGUGAAGUUUAGCUUGUAGUUGUAGCUAGGUGCUGUUUCGUGCAUGGAAUGGACUUGCUUCAGGUCAACCUGUAGACUGUAGCCUAGCUAGAGGGUUUUGCAUCGCAUUGCAUAUUUGCAUGUCGACAUGCAUGGUGUGUUAAGGGUACCUUCAGCCAAGCAGUAGUCGGGUGGAUGUAGUCCUGUGCCUUUGUGAACAGGGAGCAAAACAAUCCUUCUGAUGUGAAAGCAGUACCUGUGACAGAGACUCUUUCACAAAGUGAAUAUGCAUCUUCCAUCUCUGAACUGUUUCAAGCCGAA